ACUAAUCACCGGUUGCUUCCUCCGUAGCUAGCUCCCGUCCACCUGAUCUGCCUUGCCUGCCUACUCCACUGAUUAGUUAAAGCCAAUGAAUAGCAUUCCUCCGAGGGUACUAUAAGUGCUCGCGGUCGUCGUCGUCGUCGUCCCCAUCCCCUCUCUUCUCUAUAGCUUACUAGCAGCAGCGCUCUCUUCUUGCUCUUCGCUAUCUAGCUCCACUUUGCUCGUUGUCCUCUCCCUCUUGGAUCGAUCCGGCCUUCGGCGGCCAUGAAUUGCGCCGGGGUCGCCGAUGGGUUGCCUGCAGGCGAGCCGGAUACCGGCGUCGUCGACCAGCCACGGAGGAGGAGCUGCCUGUAGCGUAGCUGAGCUAUAGUGCUCGGUCGAUCUGCUGCUUCUUGGGGGCGAGGAAGAAGAAUAACCGAGGCUUACUCUCGACGACAGCACAAGGCGGAGCCAGAUAAUUUCCGGUGACGCACACCAUGGAUCCCCAGACAUUUGUGAGGCUCUCAGUCGGGCAGCUUGGCCUGAGGCUCCCCGGCGCAAGUGCCAGAAAGGCUUGCCACUGCGAGAUCCGGCUCCGAGGCUUCCCGGUUCAGUUAGCUCCGGUGCCUCUGGAAAAUUCUUCAGAGUUUCAUCUUGAUCCGCACGCGAAUGCGGCGGUGUUCUCCCUGGACGAGCCCGGCCUCAAGGCGCUGCCGACGUCGAGGUGGUUCCGAACCCCGGAGCCGCCGUACCUCGAGAUCGUUGUGUACGUGAGCAGGCGCGACGGCGGCGGGCAUUGCGUCGGGUUGAAGCGGCGGCUGGUCGGGGCUGUCAGGGUGGAUGUCGGGCCGGAGUGGCGCGACGGCAAGCCUGUGCUGCUUCGCCAUGGCUGGACGGGCAUCGGCAGGGCGGCGGAGCUGCACGUGAGAGUGAGGGUGGAGGCUGACCCUCGGUACGUGUUCCGGUUCGAGGACGAGGUCGCGCUGAACCCGCAGGUGGUCCAGCUCCAUGGCGGCGCCAGCCAGCCCAUCUUUAGCUGCAAGUUCAUCCGCGACGUGAGGCGGGCGUCGCAGCCGGAUCAUUUGGGCGGGAAGUAUUGGUCGAGCUCCGGAAGCGGCGAAGAGAAGGAGACGGAGAUGGCGGGGAGGAGGAGGGAGAGGAAGGGCUGGAAGGUGGCGAUCCACGACCUGUCCGGCUCCGCCGUGGCCGCGGCGUUCAUGGCCACGCCGUUCGUGCCGGCGACGGGCUCCGACACGGUGGCGCGGUCCAACCCAGGCGCGUGGCUCAUCGUCCGCGCCGACACAACGGGAUCGUCGGAGAGCUGGCAGCCGUGGGGCCGGCUGGAGGCGUGGCGGGAGUGCGCUGCGCCGGCGGGCGGCAAGGACGCCGUGUGCCUUCGGCUGCAUCUCCUCCCGGAGCGGCGGGACGCGUGCGUACUCGUGUCCGAGACGCCUCUGAGCUGUGAUAAGGGCGGGGAGUUCUCCAUCGACAUGGACAGACAGUCGAUCCUCCCGGAGGACGCAGUGGCGUCGGAGACGACGUCGUCGUCGUACUGCGCAGCGAGCAUGGGACAGUCGUGCGCGGGCGGCGGCUUCGUGAUGAGCUGCAGCGUGCAGGGCGAGGCGGCGACGAGCAGCAGGCCGCCGCUGGUGCACCUCGCCGCGCGGCACGUCAUGUGCAUGGAAGACGCAGCCAUGUUCCUCGCGCUUGCGGCUGCCGUCGACCUCAGUGUCAAGGCGUGCCGGCCGUUCCGGAGCAAGACGGCGGCGGCUAAGAAGAAGACGGCUGCUGGCUCCUCUUCCCCCGAUCCCCUGGAGCUCGACACGUAGAUUAGCUAGAGCUAGCAGUCCUCACUCCUCAGUCAAGCAUCAGAUCAUCCAUGGUCACUCUGUAAAUCCACUUGUUUCGACCAAACUUGUUGAAAACUCUACCAGUUUUUUCUAGGCCUAACCUGUAGACACGAUGACGAUUCAAUCACGCCCCCACACGACGAGGCACAGAGGACCCAGGUCAACUCCAACACACGACCCGAGCGAACGUCAAUUUUGUAUGGAUUUUGUAUAUUUAGGUCGGGUAAGGAGCUGUGUCCGGCAUUUGUAUAUUUGCGCUGGGUUUCCGGCAUUUGUACAUUUGCACUGGCCGUGCGCCCAACUGACUAAUGGAUUUUCGUCUGGCCGCGUAA